UUAAAAAAUAUUUCCAUCAAGAUCAAGAUAUAAUAAAAAUUAUUAUCACAAUAAUCAGUUAUUUAAGAUAAGAAAAUUAGGAGCACGAUUCUACGGUUACUGUGAUAAAUCAUCGUUAUUGAUUUGCACGCCAUCUCUAGCAGCAAGGCACGUGCGCUUGUCGCGUCACAAGUAAAAAAAAUUAUAUUUAGGAAUUAAUUUUUUUUACCUUCGCUAGAUUUAAUUUCAGUAUUAAUUUAAUUAUAAUUAUAUUUAUUAUGUAGCUACCAUUAUAUGUACAAUUUUAUAAUUGUAUUAGACUUGCUUUCACUGCAAGUUGCGCACUUUAUGGAAUGCACUUCUUCCCACCACCUGUUGCACAGUGCUUUAAAAUUUGAAUUGUUCGUUGGUUCAGUUAAUUCUUGUGUGUGCGUUGGACGUGUUGGUAAAAAUUGUCGUCAUUUGAUUGGACAUAAAUUUGUAUAUAAGUGCACUUGUUGAUAUUGCGUUUUUAAUCAAAUUUUUUGCAUUAUUUCACUCGUAUGUUAUAUUGUUACUCAUAUACUAAAUUAAAAUUGUUCAAUUCAUUCUUUGAAAAAUGAGCGAUUCUGGAGAUAAUAUUAAGUAUAAAUGGAGCCCUGAAAGUACUGCAUUGCUAGUAUCAGUGUGGUUAGAUAGACAGGUGCAGAAACAACUGGAGUAUGCAUCAAAACCUCAACUUAUUUGGGAAAAUAUUGCGCGGUAUAUGAAAAAAAAGGGAUACAACGUUUCUGGUAAACAAUGUCGAUCUCGAAUGAAACAGGUUCUGGUUUGUUAUCGCGAAGCUAAAAGGGCUGGUACUCGAGCAGGUAUCGAACAGUAUUACGAAUCAAUAGAUAAAGUCCUUAAAAAUAAACGUUUAGAAGAAAAUAAUGUAAAUGGUAUAGAUACUGUAGAUACUGCAAUAAAUGUGAGAUCUCCACCAAAAGAAGUCAAAACAACCAAGAAUUUACAAGUGAGAUAUAAAUACCAAGACCCUAUACAAACAUUUCAUCGUUCAGAAACAUUAUCACCAACUUGGACUUUAACACGUGAAAAUGAAUAUCCAGAUUCUCCCGAAUCAAAUGAAACUGUAAUAGCUCGACCUUACAGAGUUUUCUCUCCUACAAGAGAUGUAGCUAUUAACACUGGCGAACAGUUAAUUCAGGGAGUGGGUAAAUCAACCCAACACAAUUUUCUAUCAGAAGAACCUUUGCAUGCAAAUUAUAAACAAAGUUUUAGAUCUAAUUAUUCCUAUGGAGAAAUACCCUUCCAAAAUACAGUGCAAAAUGUACAAAAUCAAAUAAUUCAAGAAAAUAUGCAGCAAAAUCAAAUAAACCAAGAAAAUUUGCAGCAGAAUCAAAAUUUACAACGAAGUUGUAUGCAUGAUCAACAAAAUAUGUUGGUAAACAAUUUAAAUCUUUCACAAAAUUUACAUCAAGGCUUAACAACCCAAUCUGUAGAUGUUCCCAUACAAAUUAAACCAGUAACAAUACAAAAUCCUAGGUUAGAACAUGUAAUUCAACGACAGAAUCAGUUUCAACAAUUAGUAGAUAUAAAUAAUCGUGCAGUGCCUCAAGAACCUACAAAGGUUUCAUUUGAGCAUAAUUUAACAUCUGCGUACAAACAGCAAUAUGGUAAUUUAUUAAUUCAUAUGCCUGCUGUUGCAAAUAAAAAACAAGCUGAAUCAUUGUCUUCCGAUUGUUCGCAAAAUGUGUCGCAAAAUUUAAAUGAUGCUUUUUGUCAGUCAAAAAACACUGAAGAAAUUGAUAACACAAAUGAAACUUACAAUAAAUGCAUACAAGUGGCAAAUCCUUUAACAGUACCAAAUUCAGAUGCUUCUAUAAUAACAAAUAAUGCAACAUACAAUGAUGACAGCAUAUUAGAACUUUUAAUGAAUUCACCAACUCCAUCAGAAAAUAAUAAUAAAUGUAAAGAUACUGCUGUUAAUACAGAUGAUAUUCCAUAUGUUCCAUUAAGAAAGAAAAAAGUUCAAAAAUUAGAGCAACUUGUGUUAAGUGCUAUUAAUUCCCAAAAUGAAGUUGUUAAUAAGAUUCUUACUGCGCAAAAUAAUAUGGUAACAAAAUUCUUAGAUAUAGAUAGAGAUCGCCAAAAUAGACUUGAAAAUCGUUUAGACGAUUUAUUGAAAGUUAUUCAUGUUUCUACACAAAUGAAAGAACCUUCAGAAUUAGAUCCGGGAAUGUCUUCAGUACCACCAGCACCAGUAAUAACGUCUUUGGUACCGCCUCCUAAACCUGGAGUUGUUCCUCCAAAAUUAGAUUUAGUGCCACCAAAACCUUGUCGUGUACCUUGUACAAUGCCAAGUUCUAAUAUUGAAUUAAUUAAUCACAAUCCUAUAGCAACUAGACCUGGUAUUGUUUCGCCUAUAACUAGUCCAGUAAAAAAGCCUGGUACUAUAUGGUCAAAAUUAGGACCAGUAUCACAAUCUCCUUUCGUAAAAGCACAGCAACGCUUAGGUUUUCAACCUAUUGUAAAUGUGGAUAGUCGUACUCAGUCCUCUGCUGAAAGACGCAUAGCUCAAGAAUUGGACAAAGCUAUGGAUAUAAGAGCUAUAUUGUACGAAACUAAAAAAUUUUUGGAAGCAGAGAAACAAUUGGAAGAGAAAAUAGAAAAUGCUCGUCUUGAAACAAUAAUAAGUCAAAAUUUAAGUGCACGUAAAAAAUUAUUUACACAACGAGAGCCUACUACAGCAAUGAUACUGACUGCAGCUUUUUUGGAAAACGAAUGCCGGGCUUCAGAACAGUUUAUCAACUGGUAUAAUGGUCCAAAUAGAUGUGAUGAAAAUUUACAAACUAUCCAUGAUAAUUUAUUAGCAGGACAAGGAGAAAGCUUUGAACGUUUGCGUCAGUUAAAUAUUCAAUCUGCAUAUGCGCUUGACGAACCUUGCAGUACAUCUACACCAGCAAAACCUGGAACUGCAUUUAAUACCAAUGAAACAUGUACGGUGGGAGCAAAACAAACAAUUCAGCCAUUAAUGCAGGUUGUAAUGAAUACAGAUAGUUGGAAAAAGACUAUUGCGCAAAGUGAACAACGAAAUGGACAUUCAAAUAAAUUAAACACACAAGAACAUCAGGAUGCAUGUACAGCUACUUAUAAUAAGACAUUUACUUCAACACAGACCAAAAUUCCAUCAAGAGAAACUCAAACAGAAACUACCGAGAAUUAUGUUCAAAAUUGGAUAUCAAACAUAAAAAAUGAACCUAAAACAACAUACAAUUCUUUGUCUAGCAUAAUAAAUAAAAAACCUAAUUUUCCUAUAGGUUUUACAACUACAAUGUUAGAUACUGGAAAUUUAAGGAAUAAAGAUUUAAAUUGUGAAUUAAGUAAACCAAGUGAAUUCAAUAGUAAUACUUUACCAGAUCGUAAACAAAAUGUGCGAUUCAUGGAUGAAGCAUUGGCUGAAUUGCAACGAAUGUAUAUUGAAACGGUUUACAAACAACAACAGGAAAUGAACGAUAGUUUACCGUAUGUAAUAAAUAACGACAAUGUGCUUCCAUUUCAAAAUCAGCAAAUGAUUGAAAAAUAUACUCAUGACAUAAAACAAAAAAGACAAUCAAAAGAUAAAGAUAUUGAUUCCGAUAACGAUGAAGAAUUUUUGGAUACUACUACCACGAUGCAUCCAGUCGUUUCACGUCGAGAUUCGGUUACGUCUGCUGGCACAGUAUCUACAGAAACUGCACAUUUUAUGAAAUUUGUAAAACCAGAUAAUUGUGUAAUAAGUUAGUUAUCAUACAAAUACUGUAAAAACAAAAGUAUAAUUAUUUUUGUGCCUUAUUUUACACAAGAUGUGUCGAAGAAAAUCAGAUUUUUAAAAUGAACAAUUUACAUUGUAUUUCAAUAAAUUUUAUAAAAACUAAA